AUGAACAUUUUUGCAUAUAUACUAAUAGCAUCAUUUUAUCUCCAGCUAACUCAAUGUACUGCUACUUGUAACCCACUCAAGGAAUCAAACUGUCCGGCGGAUCCCGCGCUUGGUAAGUCUAUAAGUGAUAAGUUCCACUCAAAGUCGGACUAUUUUAAAGAAAUUAGCUCAGGUGGGGUUUCAUAUACUGAUGACGGUUUAAAAUUAAGCUUGAAAAACAAAGGAGAUAAUCCAACUUUGAAAUCAGAUUUUUAUAUAAUGUUUGGUAGAAUCGAAGUCGUUAUGAAAGCUGCAGUAGGAAAUGGAAUAAUUUCUUCUUUUUAUCUUCAGAGUGAUGAUUUAGAUGAAAUAGAUAUUGAAUUAUUUGGUGGUAAUGGAUACCAAUUUGCAUCAAACUAUUUUUCCAAAGGUGACACUAGCACUUUUAACAGAGGUGAAUAUCAUUCGACUGGUUCGAAUCCUUUGGAAAACUUUCACACUUAUACUUUAGAUUGGACUAAAAAUGGUUUGGUUUGGGCCAUUGAUGGUAAAGUGGUUAGAGCUUUAUUGCCUAAUGCAAAACAAGGUUAUCCCCAACUGCCUAUGUAUAUUAUGAUGGGAUUAUGGGCUGGUGGUGAUAAAUCUAACCCUGAGGGUACUAUAAAAUGGGCCGGUGGCCUAACUGAUUACGAUGAUGCUCCAUUCAAUAUGUACAUAAGAUCAAUCAUUGUAUGUGAUUACUCCACUGGUGAUGAGUAUUCAUAUGAUGAUAAACUGGGUAAAAUGGAAAGUAUAAAAGCUAAAAACGGUGAGAUUUAUGGUCGUCAUUCCCAAGCCAAAAAAGAUUAUUUCAAAUUAGAAAAAAAAGUAGGAACCACUUUCACUGUUUCAGAUACUGGUGAUAGUGAAGAUUCCACUCCUACAACUAAGAACGCCGCUACCACUACAAAAUAUCAACCCACAACAAUUACUCAAACUGUCACAACAAGAGUUACUGAUAAUGCUGGUAAUUACGUGACGGUUACAACUGAAAUCGCGGGCACAACUGAUAAUACUGGUUCUUCUCCAACUUCAAAAUCUUAUAAUAAUGGGUUGUGGACAGAAGAUGGUGAUUCUUAUAUUACCUCGCUGAUUGACUCCAACGAACAAGCAUCCUUUUCUUAUAGUUAUAGUUAUACAAAUGGAAUGAUUGGACAUAAAACAAGCUUCACCUCUCAUCAUGGUAGUGGUGCCUCUGGAGACUAUAGUCUGUCUGACAAUGGCUCUAAUAAAAAUGGUGUUCCCUUUAUGGGUUUAAUAAUUCUUUUGGCUAACUUUGUUUUCUAA